UUUCCUCCUCUUCGAAGAAAUCGGCCCCUCUCUCUCUCUCUCUCUCUCUCUCUCUGAUGGCUGCCGCCAUGGUAGAAGACAGCAGCAGCUCUUUCGAAGAUGAUCAGCUGGCUUCCAUGUCCUCCGACGACAUCGUCAGAGCAUCUCGUCUUCUCGACAACGAGAUUCGAAUCCUCAAGGAAGAACUGCAGAGAACGAAUCUAGAGCUAGAAUCCUUCAAAGAGAAGAUCAAAGAGAAUCAAGAGAAGAUUAAGCUUAACAAACAGCUCCCUUACUUAGUCGGAAACAUUGUCGAGAUUUUGGAAAUGAACCCAGAAGAUGAGGCUGAGGAAGAUGGUGCUAAUGUUGAUCUCGACUCUCAAAGGAAGGGAAAGUGUGUUGUGCUAAAAACAUCUACACGCCAAACAAUCUUUUUGCCUGUUGUUGGGCUUGUCGACCCUGAUAAUCUAAAACCUGGUGACUUGGUUGGGGUAAACAAAGACAGCUACUUGAUACUGGAUACUCUUCCUUCUGAAUAUGACUCACGUGUAAAGGCAAUGGAGGUUGAUGAAAAGCCAACAGAAGAUUACAACGAUAUCGGAGGCCUUGAGAAGCAGAUUCAAGAACUUGUUGAGGCCAUUGUUUUGCCGAUGACCCAUCAAGAGAGAUUUCAGAAAUUAGGAGUUCGUCCACCAAAAGGAGUACUUUUGUAUGGUCCUCCUGGAACUGGAAAAACAUUGAUGGCUCGUGCAUGCGCAGCACAGACAAAUGCUACUUUUCUAAAGCUAGCAGGCCCACAACUUGUUCAGAUGUUCAUUGGUGAUGGAGCAAAACUUGUUCGUGAUGCCUUCCAACUUGCAAAGGAGAAAUCUCCGUGCAUCAUCUUUAUAGAUGAAAUCGAUGCAAUAGGAACUAAGCGAUUUGAUAGUGAAGUCAGUGGGGAUAGAGAAGUGCAACGUACCAUGCUGGAACUGCUUAAUCAGCUUGAUGGUUUUAGUAGUGAUGACCGGAUAAAGGUAAUAGCAGCAACUAAUCGAGCUGAUAUUCUGGAUCCUGCUCUCAUGCGUUCCGGCCGUCUGGAUCGCAAAAUUGAGUUCCCUCAUCCAACUGAAGACGCAAGAGCACGGAUCUUGCAGAUCCAUUCAAGAAAAAUGACUGUACACCCAGAUGUAAAUUUCGAAGAGUUGGCUCGUUCAACAGAUGAUUUCAAUGGGGCACAGCUGAAGGCCGUUUGUGUAGAGGCCGGAAUGCUCGCUCUCCGCCGAGAUGCCACAGAGGUGAUCCAUGAAGAUUUUAAUGAAGGGAUUAUUCAAGUUCAAGCAAAGAAGAAAGCCAGCUUGAAUUAUUAUGCUUAGUAGUAUUCAUGUUCCACCCUCGUCACGCAAAAAAGUCCAAAAAAUGUUUUAAACUCCAUAUUCUCUCAAGGAUUAGGAGAAACAGUUUAUACUAUAUUUAUACAUUCAAAUAUUGUAAUGAAACCUCUUUUUUUUCACC